AUGGAUGCAAAAAUUGAUAAGAUUGCUCAGUCCAGCCAAGCAUCCAUUCAUAAUUUAGAGGUGCAAGUAGGUCAGUUGGCUAAAUUGGUUGCAGAAAAAGAUCGAGGUAAGUUUCCUAGUACCACUGAAAUAAACCCUAGGGAAGGAGCUAUGGCUGUCACCUUGAGAAGUGGUAAGAUAUUGAAUGAAGUUUUGAAAGAAAAUGAACCCACGAGGGUUGAGAAAGAGAGUGAUAAAGAAGAUGAUCAAGUGCCUAAAGAGAAUUCUAGUGAUCAAAACCUCACUUCCUCUAUAGUAAAACCUUAUGUACCCCCCAUUCCGUAUCCACAAAGGUUACAAAAGAGGAACCAGGACAACAACUUUAAAAGAUUUUUAGAGGUUUUUAAAAAAUUGCAAAUUAAUAUUCCUUUUGCAGAAGCACUUGCCAAUAUGCCAUCUUAUGCCAAGUACAUUAAGGAAAUUGUAUCUAAUAAAAAGAAAUUGGAAGAGUUUGCUACUGUGCACUUAAAUGAGGAGUGUAGUGCUAUUCUACAAAGCAAAUUACCUCCUAAUUGGAAUUUUUCUUAA